GAAGAAAAAUGAGUUCAUCGGCGAUAGAGCCGGAAUCAGCCGAUCUAGUUUGCCAGCUUGACAACGUUCAAGGAGUCGUUGAUGCCCUCACUUCCGUUCGCUGGAAAAAACACCAGGAUGCAGUUUUGGAGCUAUCAGAACAUGGCAUUGUGUUAAUUGUUGAGGAAACCGCUUGUCUACAGGCAAAAGUUUACUUGCAACGAGAGUUAUUUGUUCGUUAUGAAUAUAGCGCAGAAGGCAGGCCGCGAUUCGGAGUGAGCUUAGGGUUAUUUAUUGAUUGUCUGAAUACAUUUUCAGCUCAAGGACAUUCAAGUGCUAUUGAAUUAUGCUAUCCUGGUCCUGAUAUGCAGCUUCUUCUCAAGUCUGUUGACUCUUCAGAUUCUUGUACUUACGCGGAAAUCAGAACAAGGAUUCCUGAUACAAUAUCAUGGGACUACAAUUUUGAACCUGCUGGAAGUACUCCUCUCAGUUUUACAGUGAAGUCUGCAGCUCUAAAAGAAGCCAUUGACGACCUUGAGUGGCCAGGGUCAAGCAUUCAUCUAAUUCUACAACCUACACCACCAUCGGUUACCUUUAGAGGUGAAGGCCAUGGCGACUUACAGAUAGAUUUUAUGUGUUAUGCAAACACCGAUCUUCUGGUUGCAUUUCAUUGUGAUCGUCAAGUCUCUCACAGGUAUAAAUACAAAUUUCUCAAAGCUACAACCUCAAACAUACCCACUACUGUCAUCCGGGAUAAUCGAGGAAGUAAGCUGACCAUUGGUAGAGGGGGAAUGCUCAAAGUUCAACAUCUGGUAUCAGUUGCAAAACCAGCAAUGCCACACCCGCACGUUGAUUCUGCUGGCUAUCAGCAACCCAGCCGUAUUGCUUAUAUUGAAUUCUUUGUCAAGCCAGAGGUAGAUGAAGACGAUGCGAAUGAUACGUAGAUGACAGGAGAUUCUUGCUUUAGGAAAAUCAGUUGCUAAAUGUUCACGUUGAAGGGAGAUUGGCAACUAGAUUUAACGUUUGCCAUUAACUUCCUUACAUGCACUUUUAGUAGUCAGUGUUAGGGUAUGGACUGGAGUCGUUCUCUUAAACCCAGUAUUAGUGCUUUACAUGUUUACAAUGUACUGUCAGAAGAUAUACAAAAUCGAUGAUGUAUAACUUGUGAAAGAUAUAGGUAAGAAAUAAGACAUUACCUUCACGAUA